CCAACUCUGGCCAAGUGAAUCAGGUUGCAUUAUAUGUCAUAGAAGGCAAGAUGGACACGGUCAGGUUUCUGAUGAGACUUCGCUAUGUUAUUAACUUGGAAUCAUUUCCUCUAUUUUGCCUCUACCUCCUCAUGAUAUUCCUCUCAGGUUACUGGCAGAAAUGGACCAAACCACUGAAUCUCAAACCGCUGCUGGUCGUCCACAACUUCAUCUGCUGUGUGACCAGCAUCUACACCUUCUACGGCUUCUGCCGUGGGGUCUAAAGCGGCCAUCUUUACUCCAAGGAAGUAACAGAAGAGCUGACCUUUGUCUUCUGGGUCUACUACAUAACCAAGAUCAUUGAACUCCUGGACACCGUGUUCAUGGUCCUCCGACAUCGUCGGCGCCAGAUCUCCUUCCUCCACGUCUACCACCACUCCAGUAUGCUGCUACUCACUAACACCUCCUACUUAUAUUUCCCUUUUCCAUGCCUUGCCUUUUUCCAAUCCCUCAACUCUCUGGUUCAUGUGGUUCUGUACCUCUACUAUGGUCUCACUGCCAUGGUACCGAACAACCCUCCUCAAUGGAGGAAGCAACUUACACAGAUGCAGAUAAUUCAAUUUCUUAUUGAUUUUGUAGUAGCAUUUUAUGGAGUUGUGUACUAUGAGUUUUGUGUGUAUAGUCCUUUUUAUCUAAUAACCAUGGCUACUCUAUUUUCUAACUUUUAUUAUCAGGUUUAUGUUCGAAAGCGAAAACAACCUGAAGACAAGAUCAAGUCAAACUGAUCUGUGUCUGCUAAUAGUGCUGCCAGAGAUAAAAGUAAAGCAGAUACUCACCAUUUUCAAUUGUCCCGAAUGGAAUGUAGUGUUUUCGCAUUUAAAGUAUUUUAACAGCAUGUUUCUUCGCAGAUUUAGAUUGUAACAUCUAGAUAUAGUUCUGACAACAGGUUCAGAUUAUGUUUGAUGAAGGCAAUGUGUCGGAAAUAUAUCAGCAUUCAUUGAUAUACCAUAAGUUGUAAGUUGGAUUCAAGAUUUACGACUUUAAUCACCACAAACUGAUGCAGAUUUUCCACUCUCAGGAAGAACGUUCUGAUCAGUGUUUCAUAAUGAUGCUCAUUAUGUAGAUCUGGUAUAAAGGGCACAGUUUAAUUUAUGGUGCCAUUCUUGGAGUAAGUGAGUGAGUAUGGUUUUACGCUGCUUCUAGCAAUAUUACAGCAUUAUCACGGCGGGGGACACCGGAAAUUGGCUUCACACAUUGUACCCAUGUCGGGAAUCGAACCCGGGUCUUCUGUUUGAUGAGCGAACAAUUUAACCAUUAGGCUACCAGACCGCCCAGCCGUUCAUGCAAGCGAAGACUGAAAUUUGUUUUUAUCA